UUUCUGCGAGGAUAAUUGGACUUUGACGUGCAAGCUCACCUGGCAGCCAAGAUAGUUUGAAGCGCGGUGUUGGUCUUUUAGACUGCAUUUGCAUUUGGAUUGCUGGUAAGCGUUGGUCGUAAGAUGAAUACUAGCCAUACAAGGUUCUCUUAAGGAUUUGAAAAAUCGGUUGUUGUACUAUUUAAUAUUUAGAUGAAGGGUUCCUGGUGAAAUUAUUGUGAUUGGUUCCUGCAUCACUUUCAGGAUUAUUGUGGUCGUUUUUCUGAAUACAAAUGCUUUCCGAGUAGUAACUGCAUGGUUCUUAUCCAACUCAGGUGAAGUCUUACGAAAGAAUUGGAUUAUUGGAAUAGGGUUAAGAAUUUUAAUGACCGGGUUCUACUAUUUGGGUCCGAAAGUUUAGCAACAGCAGAGUGGAAUUUACUCCAAAAUUCUUAAUUCCCUGAGAACGAGCACAGCAACGUUAGGGUUUUCUAUAGGCAGCUUGAAGCUUCCGCUGGACUGGGUUCUCCAAUAUUGCUUCAUGGGUAUACUGGAUUGGGAUGCAUCUAAUCAACCACAGGAAGUAGAAGCUGUUUCACCUAUGACUAUAGGACUCUAUGAGUUGUAAUUGUAGGAUUGAUCAAUGGUGAUGCUCGUUGUGAUGGUGGCAUGACAAGGUCGUCACGGGCGUGUGGGAGCUGGGAGGCGUCUCCACUCAUCAGGGAAAUGGGAGGUGGGGUCCCAGGUGGGUGUACUCAUACUAUAAGGGUGCAGCUCCAACCGAUGGUAGGAGGAUGGAUUGGGAUUCUGUCAUCACUGUUGUUUUGUUUGUUAUCAAGAUUGAUGGAAAAAAGAUUUUGUCAUCGCGCAGUAGAAAGUAGAAAGGAGAAUCAAUCAAUCAAGCUUUCCGUACCAUAUGUUGAUGUGUUAUCCAAAGUCAUCCAGAUGUUCAUAUUUUCUAGGUUCAUUGGUCACUCUUUCAUGUCUCAUUCACGAGAGACUAAUAAAUGGAGGAAAAGAUAAAACAAAAAGUGGGUAGCAAAAAUUAUCUAGUAAUAAUUUUUCAAACGACAUUUGCAGCCUCAGAAAAAUGGUCGACGCAACAAAAGAUCGCGUAAAUAGGAAAAAUAUCAUCUUUCGUUUCUCUUGGUUAAGGGAAUUCUAAAUUUCUUUUCUUGAAAAAUGAGAAAGACACCCACCAAGGUGAGACUUAGAUACUGAACAUGAGAUAAACGGCCAUGAAUGUUCCUUAACGAUCGACGUGUUAUAGCUAAUGACCACGAUUCGUGUUUUAUUUCUUAUAUUUUUCCUUGGGACAGUCGGAACUCGAAGUCGCAUUUAGUGUCUCAAAACAGUGUCUCCAUUCUCUGUCGUUUGGAGGACAUUACAGAGGAACUUGAAGGUUCAUUGAGGGUUGAACUAGUUACUUGCUUAACACUUGUUCUUGAAGAACUGAAUCAUUUGGAGCUUGAAUGGGCGGACUUACUAUAGAGCCUUGAUGAACGUAACAAUCCUACAUCAUAUCUGAAACUGGGCUUCUAUUCUUAACAGUUUAAAGUGGAAACUGCAGCAAGCUCUUAUUUCCUUCCCUUCUAAUUAUCCUCCUCCACAUCAAGGGUCAGUCAGUUAGUAAUAGAAAUCAAGGACAGUAAGUUGAAAUCUUUGAAGCAAUGGAUUAUGUAGGACAAUGUAGUCAGAGUGCACAUGUUAAAUUCCAGAGUUCAGAUCACAUACAAGAGGGUGAAUUGAUGACAUUGUCUGGUAGAGAACCUACUGAUAAGUGGAUGGCAUUUGAAAGAGACUAUAAACCAGAGAACAAUGGGUGUGGGCAGGGAGACACUGAUCUCUUGGAGUCAAAUAAAGCAGUUGAACAAAAUUCAAAUCGUAAUCAGAUUUUAUCUGAAGCAAGCAUGGCUGAAAGGGUUGCAGAGUGGGGCCUUGUAGUUAAGUCAGAGAUGGGAAUAGGUAAUUCUAAAGCCAUUGGUGUCAGGUCAUCAGGAGACCGAAGCAAAAAUUCAUCAGAUAGAACCACCGAAUCUACAAGAACAUCUGAAGAGGGUUCUGAAUCUGGCUUUCCUAGGGUCUCUCAAGAGCUGAAGGAUGCAUUGGCUACACUACAACAGACUUUUGUUGUAUCAGAUGCAACAAAGCCAGACUGCCCUAUAAUGUAUGCCAGUGCUGGUUUUUUCACCAUGACUGGUUAUUCUUCAAAGGAGGUUAUUGGACGAAACUGCCGCUUUCUUCAGGGACCUGAAACAGAUCAAAAUGAAGUUGCAAAAAUACGAAAAACAGUCAAAACUGGGGAAAGCUACUGUGGAAGACUCUUGAAUUACAAGAAGGAUGGCACACCUUUCUGGAAUCUAUUAACAAUUACACCCAUAAAAGAUGACACUGGGAAAGUUAUCAAAUAUAUAGGGAUGCAGGUUGAAGUUAGUAAAUACACUGAGGGUCUGAGUGACAAAGCAAUGCGGCCAAAUGGCUUACCAAAGUCACUAAUCCGCUAUGAUGCUCGCCAGAAGGAGCAGGCCUUGGGUUCCAUCACAGAGGUUGUCCAAACUGUGAAGCAUCCACGAGCUCAUAUUCAAUCUGCAGAUGAUGAAAUCCCUGCAAAGACUGAAGAGCAAGACAAGUUUAACCUUGAUUAUUUUCUGCCAAAAUCUGCAGAACUGUCAAACUUUAGUACCCCUGGCAGAGAAACUCCUCAAAUGGAUGAUAUGUCCAGAAGAAGUUCUGGUCAUGAUCUCAGCAAUAAAUCUAGAAAAUCUGGGCGAAUUUCCUUGAUGGGGUUCAGAGGCAGGUCACAAAGUUCUGCAGAAAAACCUCAGCCCAGUAUUGAGCCAGAGGUUUUGAUGACCAAAGAUGUAAAACACUCUGACAGCUGGGACCGUGUUGAAAGAGAAAGGGAUAUACGCCAAGGAAUUGAUUUAGCAACGACAUUGGAACGCAUUGAAAAAAAUUUUGUGAUAACAGAUCCUAGACUUCCUGAUAAUCCAAUUAUAUUUGCGUCUGAUAGCUUUCUUGAAUUGACGGAGUAUACUCGAGAGGAAAUUUUAGGAAGAAACUGCCGAUUUCUUCAAGGACCUGAAACUGAUCAAGGAACUGUGUCAAAAAUAAGAGAUGCUAUCAGAGAGCAGAGAGAAAUCACAGUGCAGUUAAUAAACUACACCAAGAGUGGGAAGAAAUUUUGGAACUUAUUCCAUUUGCAACCUAUGCGUGACCAGAAGGGUGAACUUCAAUACUUCAUUGGCGUGCAACUAGAUGGAAGUGAUCAUGUGGAACCCCUUCGAAACCGUCUGUCAGAGAAGACAGAGCUGCAAAGUGCUAAGUUGGUCAAAGCUACUGCAGAAAAUGUUGAUGAAGCUGUCCGAGAGCUUCCUGAUGCCAACUUGAGACCAGAAGAUUUGUGGGCAAUCCAUUCUCAACCUGUCUUCCCAAGGCCUCACAAAAAGCAUAGUCCUUCUUGGUUAGCAAUUCAAAAGAUUAUUUCACAUGGUGAACAGAUUGGGCUGAAGCAUUUCAAGCCCAUAAGGCCCCUGGGUUGUGGUGAUACUGGCAGUGUUCAUUUAGUGGAACUAAUUGGCACUGGAGAAUUGUAUGCUAUGAAGGCAAUGGACAAAUCUAUAAUGUUGAACCGCAACAAGGUCCAUAGGGCGUGCAUUGAAAGGGAAAUUGUAUCGCUACUGGAUCAUCCUUUUCUUCCAACACUAUAUGCUUCUUUUCAGACUGAUACUCAUGUUUGCUUGAUAACGGAUUUUUGCCCUGGUGGGGAAUUGUUUGCCUUACUUGACAGACAACCAAUGAAGAUAUUUAAGGAGGAAUCUGCAAGGUUUUAUGCUGCAGAAGUUGUGGUUGGAUUGGAAUAUCUUCAUUGUUUAGGAAUAAUCUAUCGGGACUUGAAGCCUGAAAAUGUGCUGCUCCAAAAGGAUGGGCACGUUGUAUUAACUGAUUUUGAUCUGUCAUUUUUGACAUCUUCCAAGCCUCAAGUUAUAAAGCACCCAAUGCCUACUAAACGAAGAUCUAGGAGUCAACCACCUCCCAUGUUUGUUGCAGAACCUGUUACUCAAUCAAAUUCAUUUGUUGGAACUGAAGAGUACAUUGCCCCGGAAAUUAUCACAGGUUCAGGCCACAGUAGUGCCAUUGACUGGUGGGCUCUUGGUAUCUUGUUGUAUGAGAUGCUUUAUGGCCGUACACCUUUCAGAGGGAAGAACAGGCAGAAAACAUUUGCCAAUAUCCUGCACAAGGACCUCACUUUCCCAAGUAGCAUUCCGGUAAGCCUUGCAGCUAGGCAAUUGAUCCAUGGAUUACUUCAUAGAGACCCUGCAAACCGAUUAGGAUCAACAAAUGGUGCCAAUGAAAUCAAACAACACCCUUUUUUUCGUGGAGUCAUUUGGCCUCUUAUCCGGUGCAUGAGCCCACCACCAUUAGAGGUGCCUCUUCAAUUGAUUGGAAAGGAUUCUAAAUCUAAAGAUGUGGAAUGGGACGACGAGGGAGUGCUUGUUCAGUCUAUAGACAUCUUUUAAAGGUGUGAAUAAGUUGUUUCAGGAAAUUUUACAUCUGGAGAUCUUUAAUUAGUAUAAGCUGCUCUAAAAAUUUACCUGCAAAUCAUUCAUUGGUUUAGUUUCUGGGUGCAACUUGGCCCAUGAUUGUCUUGAACCUGAUCUUUAGGUUCAGUGGUGCUUGCAUGUCUACACUUCAGGUUGGGAGUGGGCUGAAAUGAUAACCCAUCUUUCCCUAGCUUGAAGAAUAUAACUUUGUGGUACAAUCGUCUUGCUUGACAUGGAUCUUUGUAGCAAAUGCUUCUAUAAUCUUGUCGAGAGUAUGCAACAUAUAUUGGUGUUGCGGUUGGUGUAUUCAUAAGUUGACAGCGAAAAGAUGCAGGCUAUAAGAUCCAACCAGAAAGUGGAUAGCGCUUCAGCACCACUAAUAUUGAACCCAUUUGUAAUCUCUAUGUGCAUUUUUAUUAUAGAAAAUAAAUAGUUAUUUACAGAGCAUCCACCACCCA